CAUGCGUAGCGCACGAGCUCUACAGCCAUACGGGGGACGGCAAAACAUUCUUCUCUUGCCUCAGCACAUCUUGUUUAUUCGGAAUCCCUUGAACAGCUGCGACUGCAAACACCAUGAGAGUAAGAAGUUCUUGGAGUCCAGUUUAUGUUGGCGAUGCGUCUGUCUGUUUAUCUGUAUGUAACUAACACGUCUGAACCGCCGGUGCAAAUCUUUCAGAAGGAGAUCAUCAUCCGGAUGCAGCCGGGCUCGGACAAAUACCACAAGAGAGCUCUCAAGGUGGCCGCCGCCGUCAGCGGAGUGGUGUCGAUCACGGUGGCCGGCAGGGACAGGGAUCUGCUGGUGGUCAUCGGCGACGGCGUGGACGAGAGCCAUCUGACCAAGAAGCUAAAGAAGGAGGUCGGGGAGGCCGAGAUAGUGCAGCUGCGGACGCUACCCGAAGGCACCUCGGCGUCGGGGUAUCUGCCGGGCACGUCCAGGGACGUCGUCGGCGGACACUCCCGGUCGCCGUACCACUUGCAUCCCACGGACACUCCCGGCCGCGUCACCUACCCGGUCUACGCGCCGUCGCCGGCGGCCAAUCCCGGGGCUGCACGGUGGUCGGGAGACCACAGGCAAGCCGAAGCGGGGUACUAUCCCAGCGCGUCCAGCCCGUCCUUCUACCACGCGUCGCCCGCGGCCGGGUACGGCGGGUACGGGGGCAGCAGCUAUGCAAGCGCGGUGGCGCGCAGCCACCCGGCGAACUACUCCCCGAUGAUCGAGCGGCACCGGCACGACGACGGGAGCUGGCGUCGGCACCACGGCGGGGGAAAGCCAAGCUGCUGCUCGAUACAGUAGCAGUUGUUUCCAUCGUGGUGCCAAUGUUUGCCGUUUCAAGUACUGUAUUUCAAGUGAACCAACCUUGUGGCACUACGAUGGAAACAUUGGCACUACAUUGUGGUGUUCUUUCGUUCAUUCGUGCUUCUUCCUUGAAUUUGAAUUUAGUGCACAAAGUU